UUGCGCUUGUUGGUGAACUCAAGAUCAGCUCCUCUCCCAUCCCGUUGCCAUUCACAUACACUAGUUGUUCUCUAGCUCGUCCAAACAAUAUGGCUGUUGAGCUUGGGCAUCUCGCCCGAGCAGCCGCAGCAAUACUUUGCCUGUUGAUUUUCCAUGUUACACCGUCUGAUUCCCUUGCUAAAGCGAGGGUAUCAGGUGGGACUGGAACCUGCAUCACCAGGGAGCGGGAUGCGCUUCUGUCCUUCAAGGCAGACCUUCUCGACCCCACUGGCCGUCUCUCGUCAUGGCAUGGCGAAGAUUGUUGUCAGUGGGAGGGAGUCCAGUGCAGCAGCAGAACAGGUCAUGUCAUGAAGCUCAACCUCCGCAACACCUACGAAAAUGGCUACAAGUACAACAGCCUGAAACUGGAAAGAGAUGAGAUGAGCUCCUCUUUGGCUGCUUUGCAACAGUUGAGGUAUCUUGAUCUGAGUUGGAAUGACUUCAAUGGCGCAAGCAUACCUGCGUCCAUGGGCUCUCUGGAGAAUCUAAGGUAUCUCAACCUCUCGAUGUCAGAUUUUAGUGGGACAAUACCUUCCCAACUCGGUAAUCUCUCAAAUUUGAAAUAUCUUGAUGUUGGUGGGGAUAACAAUUCUUUGCAAGCAGUAGAUCUUGCAUGGUUGUCACGUCUUUCAUUGUUGACUUAUCUUGACUUGAGCUAUGCGGACCUUAGCGAUGUGCGGGAUUGGGUUCACGUGGUAAACCCGCUUUCUUCUCUCAAGGUGCUUUACUUACAAUAUUGUGGUCUUAGCCUUACCAAUACAGUGCCUGCUAGUUCAAAAUCAAACCUCACACAUCUUCAAGUCCUUGAUCUAUCAUACAACUGGUUUAACACAUCACUAGAGCAAAACUGGUUCUUCUGGGAUAUGAAAAGCCUUAAGGAGCUUCACCUCUCCUAUUGCGAGUGGCAUGGACCUAUUCCUGAAAAACUAGGAAACAUGACAGCCCUUCAAGUCAUUGAUUUCAGUGGGAAUGGUCUUGUGGGUUUGAUACCGAGCAACUUAGAAAAUUUGUGCAAUUUGGAAGUGCUGAAUUUAGAUUAUAACAACAUUAAUGCAAGCAUAGGAGAAUUCAUGGAUCGACUUCCAAGGUGCUCAUGGAGUAAAAUACAAGUCUUGUCAAUGUAUAAUACAAAUCUAACCGGAAAACUACCAAUCUGGAUUGGGAACAUGACCAGUCUUAGUGUUAUUUCAGCCAGUCAAAACAUGAUAACUGGUACUGUACCAAUGGGAGUUGGAGCACUUGGUAACUUGACAGUGUUGGAUCUCAGCAACAAUAAACUUGAUGGUGUGCUUAUGAAGGAGCAUUUUUCAAGCUUAUUUAAAUUAGAAUAUCUGGAAUUGGGAGGCAACUCCUUGAAAAUAGACAUCGAACAAAACUGGGUUCCUCCAUUUGGACUAAAGUCCAUAGACUUAGGGUCAUGCCUAGUGGGGCCCCGUUUUCCGGAGUGGAUUAGAUGGCAGACUGAUGUUUAUUCUCUUUGUCUUCGAAAUGCAAAUUUGGAUGAUGUCAUUCCUGAGUGGUUUUGGGUGACAUUUUUCCGAACUAAAUUCUUGGAUGCAUCGGGAAACAAGUUGCAUGGUUCCUUACCGGCAAAUCUACAACACAUGUCAGUGAGAAUGUUAUAUCUUGGGUCCAAUAUGCUUAUAGGUCAAAUUCCAGGGCUCCCUGUAAAUAUAUCAUAUUUGAAUCUGUCCUCAAACUCUUUCUCAGGGUCAUUGCCAUCAAAGCUAAAAGCUCCACUGCUUGAGCAGUUGUUGCUGGCAAAUAAUCAAAUUACAGGCACCAUUCCAUCAUCUAUAUGCCAAUUGACUGAACUGCGACGGUUGGAACUAUCAGGAAACAAUUUAACAGGAGAUGUUAUGCAGUGCUGGAUGGAGUCAGAUAGCAAUUCCUCAGUAUCCAACACAAACUCUGCGGGUCAAUUUGGUUCUGUCAUGGUUAGUCUUGACUUGAGCAACAAUGAUCUCUCUGGUGAAUUCCCUAAAUUUCUUCAGAGUGCCAAAAAUUUGGUAUUCCUUGAUCUUUCAUUCAAUAGGUUCUUUGGAAUAUUGCCAAAGUGGUUACCAGAAAAAAUACCACUGUUGCAAAUCUUGAGGGUGAGAUCAAACAUGUUUAGCGGUCAUAUUCCUAAGAACCUUACUGACCUUGAAAGUCUUUAUCAUUUGGAUAUAGCCCGUAACAAUAUUUCUGGAAGCAUACCAUGGUCACUAUCAAGCUUGAAAGCAAUGAGAGUCAUAUCUCGGAAAAGGUUAGGCUAUGAUUUUGAGGAGAAUGAUUUAGAGGUGAGUGAUUUUGAGGAGAGCGUACCAGUCAUUACAAAAGGCCAAACACGUGACUAUACCUUUGGCAUAUACGGGCUAGUGGUGAAUCUUGAUUUUUCAUGUAAUAGUUUAACAGGACAGAUUCCAGAGGAGAUAAAAUUGCUGAUUGGGCUCACCAAUUUGAACUUAUCAAGUAAUCAGUUGAUUGGCAAAAUCCCAAUUCAGAUUGGUGCUCUAAAGCAGCUAGAGUCCCUCGACCUAUCCUAUAACAAGCUUUCUGGUGAAAUCCCAUCUGGUUUGUCAGCUCUAACCUCUCUAAGCUACUUGAACCUGUCAUACAACAACUUAUCAGGCAUGAUACCAUCCGGGCCCCAGCUACAAGCUCUUGACAACCAGAUUGAUAUCUACAUCGGCAACCCCGGUCUAUGUGGCUACCCUCUCUCCAAAAACUGCUCUGCUAGUACUACUGAUGCAGAGCCAAGUGUCGACCAUGAAGAUGUAGAUCAUAUUUCAUAUCUCUACCUUGGGAUGGGCAUAGGAUUUGUGGUCGGCCUUUGGGUGGUGUUUUGCACCAUGUUACUGAAAAGAAGCUGGACGAUUGCUUACUUCCAGAUCAUUGAUAAGCUGUAUGAUGAGGUUUAUGUACGAGUGGCUAUAACUUGGGCUCGCCUCAUGAAGAAGACCCACGACGACGCAGUGUGA